CACACAACAAAUACUGUAUGCACAUUAACAUGGGCAUGCACAAAAUUACACACAUCCCUCGCACAUAUAUAACCACUCACACCACAGUUGCACAUGUAUAAAUAUGCACAGAUAAUCAUGAACAUUCAGAAAUGCCUUCACACAUUCAUACAUAGGUACGAACACAUGUCAUAGCAAAGCCUUUGCAUGUGCGCACACACACACACACAAAUCCACACUCAUAUGUGUAUUCAUGCAUAGGCACACGCACACACACACCAACACACACAUGCACGCAUGCACACAAAUCCACACACUCACAUUGCAGCACGGUAGCACAGCGGUAGAGUUGCUGCCUUACAGUGGCAGAGACCUGGGUUCGAUCCUGACUAUGGGUGCUGUCUGUACAAAGUUUGUAUGUUCUCCCCGUGACCGUAAGGGUUUCCUCUGCAUGCGCUAGUUUCCUCAUAAACUCCAAAGAUGUGCAGGUUUGUAGGUUGAUUGGCUUCUGUAGAUUGCCCCUGGUGUGUAGAAUGUGAAACUGGGAUAACAUUGAACUAGCGUAUGGGUGAUCGUUGGUCAGCGUGGACUGCGUAGGUCAGCGUGGAGUCGGUAGGCUGAAGGGCCUGUUUCCACGUUGUAACCCUAAACUAAACUAAACUAUACUAAACUAAACUAAAUGUAAGAUGGACACAAAAAGCUGGAGUAACUCAGCAUCUCUGGAGAGAAGGAAUGGGUGACGUUUCAGGUCGAGACCCUCCUUCAGGGUACAUAUGUAUGGACACGUGUACUUCAGGGUACAUGUGUCCAUACAUAUGCACAUACACACGUACACAUGUACACACACACACAAGAAUGUGCAUACUUGCUGAUGAACAUUCUGCAUACAGAAGCAUCGACAUUUAGCGUAACAUACACACUCACAUUGUAGGUGUGGUGCGUGGUGAGGGAUGCCGCUGAACAAUGAUAGGGACUGGGAACGCUGGUGGCUGGUGGACCAAUGAAGUACAAUAAAUGUCCACUUUUACAAUUUCAAUUUUAAACCAGCUGCUUCUCUCACCCUGGCACUGGCCCAAGGACCAGAUGUGGGUUGUCCUGUUACCAAGUAGCCACAAGUUGUGGGCUUACUAUAACACCGCCCAGUGAUGCAGAGACAGAUUUCUCCACAAUGGCCCUGCACAUAAUUACUGAGUAACUUCACUAACCUCUGCUUAGGGAGCUCCACUGAAAUCUCACACUAGGAACACAUUCGCAGCAAAAAAUGUUCGAGUAAAACUGAGACACGCUUGUUCAAUGAAGUACAAUCAAUCACCACUUUUACAACUUAAAUUCUUAAUCAGUUGCUCAAAGCUCCUCUAUUGUUGAGACAUCGUGGUAGGAAUGGAAAGAGUUGGGGGUGGCUAGGACACACUGGCUAACUCAAUCUGGAACUGUACUUAUUGAAGAUAGGCACAAGAUGCUGGAGUAACUUAGCAGAACAGGCAGAAUCUCCGGAGAGAAGGAAUGGGAGACAUUUCGGGUCAGGGAGAGGGACUCAUAGAGAUAUGGAAGGGAAGGGUGUGAAAAUGUAGGAUCAAAGCAGAUGGUGAUCAAGAAAAGGUAGAAGGGUUCAUUGUUAGAUGAAGGGUGGGCGACAACGAGGCAUACAAUCAGUAAAAUUAAUCAGGAUAGUGAAGCUAGUCGGAGAACUAGGAUGGGGAGGGACGGAGAGAGAGGGAAAGCAAGGGUUACUUGAAGUUAGAGAAGUUAGUGUUCAUAAUGCUGGGUUGUAAACUGCCGAAGCAAAAUAUGAAGUGCUGUUCCUCCAAUUUGCAUUGGGCCUCACUCUGACAGUGGAGGAGGCCCAGGGCAGAAAGGUCAGUGUGGGAAUGGGAGGGGGAGUUGAAGUGUUUAGCAACCGGGAGAUAACAUAGGCCUCGGCAAACUGAGUGGAGGUGUUGAGCGAAACGAUCGCCGGGCCUGUACUUGGCCUCGCCGAUAUAUAGGAAUAUUAUGACAUUAUUCUUUGAUUUAAGAAGGACCCUGGUAUAAAACCUGGGUGUAUAUAUAACAUUUUCACAUCGCCAAACAUUCUAGUAGUUGGUUAGUUACUUGUUCCUACACCUUCUCCCUCACAUGAAUAUGCAGGGAAUGGAGGGAUAUGGAUUGUGUGAAGGUUGAAAAGAUUAGUUUAAAGGGCCUGUCCCACUCUACGAGGUAAUUCAAGAGUUCUCCCGAGUUUCCCCUGAUUCGAACUCGGAGAAUUAUGGUAAUAGCCGCUCGUAGGUACUUGAGGCUCUCGUGGACAUUUUUCAAAAUCUUCACGAGCUUACCGCGUCUCCCGAGUACCUGCCGUUAGUGUUACGAGCUGCUAAGAGACAUCCCGAGCUCCGAUGUACCCGCUACGUACCUUCUACGUGCUUACCACGAGUUUGAUUUGUUUUUUUAAACUCGGGAGAGCUCUUGGGUAAACGCGUAUAGUGGGACAGGCCUUUAUCUUGGCAUCAUGUUCGGCACGGACAUUGUGGGCUGAAGGGUCUGUUCCUGUGCUGUACAUGUCGUCUUUCUUACAGUUUGGCUUUCUUCCCAACCAAUUGUUCAAGCGCUUUUGAUUGCAACAUGCGCCUUAAUUUAGUUCAACAAAGAAACUGACAAGUUACUAACGAAGGGUCUGUUCCUGUGUUCUAUAAUCUGAACCUUCUGAGUUUUGCUUCCCCCUGUCUGAGAAUCCGUCAUGAGGGCAUCCCCUGUGUGAAAGCCAGACUAGCUAAGAAUCAUUCUCUCUCUGAGUGCAUUGCUUUCUAAUUUUCCUUUGCAUCUGCUUCCCCCACGACAAUCCAGUCCAGCUUGUUAACUCGGGUGGAGAAUUGCUAACAGAGAAUCACAAAGGACACCAGCCAUUUCUAUUCCGAUAUGACUUGCAUCGCCUUCUGCUGAAACAUUCAAAAUAUGCAUCAUGUUUACAGUGCCCUUCUGACCUCAGCUCAUCACAAAGUGCUUCAUAACCAACAGAGUGGGCAAAAGGUGUCAACAGAACUCUGUUCCAGCAAAUCUUGCAGGAAAACCUGUGAAGAGACAGUUGAAUCGGUGCCAAAGGAUUUGGCCACUGUUUUCUUUGGUUUAGACACAGUAACUACACCUCACACAUGGAAAUGGUUAGCAAUGGAAAAAAAAAAAAACGCUGGUGCAUAUCCAAGCUCGCCUUGAAUGCGAGAAAUAUUUGCAAGUGAGGAAGUCUACUUUCUGAGAAAAAAGAGUUCAUAGACGGUUUCUGAUUAGUUUCGGUUGUUUUGGCACAGUUGUGUGUAUCUGUGCUGCAUCUGUGUUUAACCUCUGGGAUUUAUUUAGCCUGUGGGGUCACCUCAUGUUGUGCAACAGCUGUGAUUAAAAAAUACAUCCAAGAUCAUUUGGGAAGCAAAACAUUUUCAGUUCUCUCGCAUUGCCGGACGGAGCGGAACACUCUGCUGAAAACUAAAAACGACUGGCUAGUCUCCUUGGACAAAGUGGGAUUGCUGAUCACUUCAGGAGAAAUGUUUGAGAGAAGGAAGGUCGUGUUUUGCUUUCUGCUGUGGGGCUUCUGUUCCUUAAGCACAGUGGCAGCUCCGGCACGCCCGGAUACUGGGCAUGUGGUACCAAUUGAAAGCAACACACUGACCAGAGAGUUCAAUAUCCCCGAGCUGGAAGAGUACGACUACACCGAAUCCGACGACUAUGAGGAUGAAGAGGAUGUCCGCGCCGUCCCUGAAGAUGUGUUUGUAAGCAAGAAGCAGUUCGCCGCCCCCAAAACCUCACACUCCAUACGGAAACAAUUCAAGGGCAAAUCCCGGAUCCAGCGCCUGGCCCUGGUCAAUACCGAAUUUGCGUUCAAUUUGUACAGGAGCUUGCUGAGGACGCAGCCAAGUGCCCAGAAUGUGGUCCUCUCCCCAUUCGGGGUCUCUAGCAUGAUGGCGAUGGUGAUGUUGGGGGCUGGCAACAGGAGCCAGGACCAGAUCUCCCGGGCGCUGGGCUUUGACCAGUUCGUCAGCCCCAAACCGGGGCGCGAUGGCGAGGUCCUGCACAAUGUCUUCCACAAGCUCAUCCACAGGCUCUUCAGGCACCACUUCGGAUACACCCUGAAGGAAUUCUCCGGCGUCUACGUCAGGGAUGGCCUGAAGAUCAGGAAAACCUUUGCGGAGGGGUUAAAACAGUUCUACUGGGCACACGCAGACUCUGUGGACUUCUCCGAUCCCCACACCAUCACCAAGUUCAACCAACUCAUAUCAAAGGCCACCAAGGGGAAGCUCCAGAAUACGGUGGAGGACAUUGACCCCCAGACAGCGAUGCUCAUCUUCCAGGCACUCCACUUCAAAGGCUCGUGGGAGCACAAGUUUAUUAAAAGCAAGACGGCCAUGCUCAAUUUCCACACCAGCAGGACAUCGAUGGUGAAGGUGCCGAUGAUGUAUGUGAGAGCCAGCAUGCUUGCCGCCACGGAUCACGCCCAUGAGUGCGACGUUAUCAGUAUCCCAUACAGUGGCAACGCCAGCAUGUUGGUUGUGGUCCCCUACAGAACCACUGGCCUGAGGCACAUCGAGAGGGAACUCAGCUGGGAAAUGGUUGACGGAUGGCUCAAGGACAUGACAAACAGGACAAGAGAGAUCUAUAUUCCAAAGUUCACUCUACAAGGAAACUAUGAUUUAAUUGAAAUGUUUCAAGACCUGGGUGUGAUGGAUGUCUUCCAGAAUCAAGCAGAUUUGUCUGGUGUAUGUGAAGAGGGGAACUUGCACAUUAGCACGCUGAAGCAACGUGUGGCACUGAACGUGGAUGAAGAAGGAAGUGAAGCAGCCUCCGUCUCUCUCUCCGGGUUCAUGCCACUUUCCACGCAGGCCAAAUUCAUGGCUGAUCAUCCCUUCCUCUUCCUCCUCCUGGAGCAUCACACUAGAUCGCUGCUCUUCAUGGGGAGAGUAGUGAACCCUUUAAACCAAUAAAAGGGAGGCAACAGCAGUGAGAUGAUGUAAACUCCAGCAGGAGUAAACUCCACCACAAUACCAUGCCAAACAGAGAGCCAAGAACAUUUCCCCAAAUUAAUCACAUCCCAAAUUAUUUGUUCGAUUUUCAUGGUUCAUUCUUAAUGCCUAUUAUUUGUUUUAAUGUUCAGUCGAUUGCAUGGCUGAAGCCUAUUACUUGUCUAUCCAUUAAGUAAUACCCUGCCACAUUUAAACUGGCUAGUACGAGAACUGCUGCCUCACAAUGCCAGAGACCCCGGUUCGAUCCUGACCUCAGGUGUUUUUUGUGCAGUUUGCACAUUCUCCCUGUGGGGUUCCUACGGGUUCUCCGGUUUCCUCCCACAUCCCAAAGACGUUUCCUCCCACAUCCCAAAGACGUGGGUUAAUUGGGCUCUGUAAAAUUGACCCUUAGAAUGAGUAGGCAAUGGAUGAGAGAGUGGGAUAAUAUAGAACCAGUGGGUGAUCGACAGUCGGCAUGGACUCGGUGGGCCGAAGGGCCUGUUUACAUGCUGCAUCUCUAACCCAAACUAACUGAAGAGGGGACACAACCAUGGAUCCCAGCACUGCUGAGCAGCAAUGAGCAGGUGCUUAAUGAUGCCGUGUGGUGUCUCUGAGUUCUCUGUUUAAAUCAAUCAAUCAAUCAGUUUUAUUUGUCACAUUUUGUGCAAGUGAAAUGAAUUUGUCAGCAGCGGUACAAUAAUAAAGAACACACAAUACACAAUAAAAAUUUAACACAAACAUCCACCACAGCUGCCAUCCACAUCACUGUGGUGGAAAGCACAAAAUUUGGCCAGUCCUCCUCCAUUUCCCCCCGUGGUCGGGACCAGAGUCCAGAGUCAGUCCAGGAUCGGCUCUUCCCCACCGGAGACCGCGGCUUCAGGUUGGUGUAGGCUGCAGGCCGGCGGUCGAAGAUUUAAAGUUCGUGCCGCAGCCAGAAGCACUGCAGACUGCAGGGCCGGCGGUCGAAGCUCCCCUCUAGGGGUGAUGGCAAGUUCACGCCGGGCCCGUGGUAGAAGUUGGCCGCGGGCCGGCAUUCGGAGCUUCUUCUUCCCCCCCGGGUCCCCCACGAGGGAUCCCUGGCUGCAGACGCCGAGCCAGCUGGAACUCUGCAGACCGCGGCUUCAGGCUGCCG